GUUCUCACCUCUACCAACUCAGUAGCUUUCCUUCCUUGUUACAAUGCCUCUCGAAACUGGUCUUCAAGAUGCCCAUGUCCUCAUCACGGGAGGCACCCGAGGUAUGGGCCAGGCGAUGGUGCGCCAAUUCCUCCAAGAGGGAGCCCACGUCUCCUACUGCGCCCGCACAGUCACCAACACCGAAUUCGACAACAUCCACCAAGCCCUCCCCGAGACCAAUCCUGCACGCGCACAUGGCACUGCCUUCGACGUUGCGUCCAAGGAGGCGAUCGUGAAUUGGGUCAAGGACUCCGCCGAACGCGUGGGACGAAUUGAUGUCAUCAUUGCCAAUGCAUCACCCAUGCACAUGGAAGGCGAGACAGAGCACUGGGAGAGCAGCUUCGCGAUCGACGUGAUGGGCUUCGUGGAGCUGGUCAAAGCGGCAGAGCCCUACCUGGAAAAGUCCCCGCAGGCCUCCAUCAUCGUGCAGAGCUCGUUCAUGGGCCGUGAGUUCUACCGCAGCCCUCCAGCUGCAUAUGGCCCCUGCAAAGCCGCUCAGCUGCAGCACGUGCAGGAGUUAUCGCACUACCUUGGGCCCAAGGGCAUCCGCGUCAACGCCAUCUCGCCGGGUCCGGUCCUCUGCGAGGGCGGUCCCUGGGAGAAAUACUCGAAGCUCAUGCCCGAGUGGGUGGAGGAGCAGCGAUUGAAGAUUCCGUUGAAGCGGUUGGGUGGCCCGCAGGAGAUUUCCAAUGUGGCUGUCUUUUUGGCGAGUCCAUUGGCUAGCUUUGUGACGGGGACAAAUGUACUGGUGGAUGGAGGUAUUCACGUGGGCACACAGUUCUAGAUUUGUUGUAUAUGAGAUUGCAAGUAAUGAAC